GCAUCUCCAAUCUCACUACCCUCUCAACAAUGUCCUUCGAUAUAUCUAGCGAACUUUUAGCUUAGAAGGACUUGGUUUGAAUAGAACAAGCAAGGUAGCUAACGUCAGCUAGCUAGAUAACUAGCUACAUUUUAAGUCGAUUGUUUAGCUCUUAUUAAUAUAAAAUAAGAAAAUGGAAAAUUUUAAAAUACGGAAAGCUGAAUCCAAAGAUGUGCCUGACAUACUGCGACUGAUAAAGGAACUGGCUAAAUAUGAAGAAAUGGAAGACCACGUGAUACUGACUGAGGAAGAUCUGCUCGAGGACGGAUUCGGUGACUAUCCAUUAUACCGCUGUGUCGUGGCAGAAGUCCCCAGUGAGCCGCAGAGCAACAACGCUCCUGUGGUGAUUGGGUUUGCCAUGUACUACUUCACCUAUGACCCCUGGAUUGGCAAGCUGCUUUACCUGGAAGACUUCUUUGUCAUGGAAAAGUACAGGGAGAUUGGCAUUGGCUCAGAGAUCCUCAAGCUCCUCAGUGACAUGGCAUUCAAGACUCGCUGCAACAGCAUGCACUUCGUCGUCGCCGAGGGCAACAAGGAGUCAAUAGAGUUCUACAAGCGUCGUGGAGCGGCCGACAUCACUCUGGAUGAGGGAUGGAGACUCUUCAAGAUCAACAAGAGCUCCCUCUUCAAGAUGUCCUCCGGCUCCAAAGAGUGAGCUGGCCCCAAGACACAUAGAAAGAUGGGGACAAGAGUGACAGACUUGGUCAAUUUAUUUUAAAUUACUUAAUUAUUUGCCUGUCUUUCACUUCAGCGGUGGGGGGUGUGACUCUGACAGUAGAUUAUUAUUAUUAUUAUUAAAAUGGGCAUUAAGCAUGUGUGUGCACCAACUUUCUCAAUCUAGUCAAUCAUUUAGGUCAUGUAUUUUAUCUGAAGCCAUCGUUUUAGUAGUUGUAGUUUUUAAUCAACGCACCUUAGGAUUCCUAGUGUUCUCUCAGUUCUGCUAAUCAACGCACCUUAGGAUUCCUAGUGUUCUCUCAGUUCUGCUAAUCAACGCACCUUAGGAUUCCUAGUGUUCUCUCAGUUCUGCUAAUCAACGCACCUUAGGAUUCCUAGUGUUCUCUCAGUUCUGCUAAUCAACGCACCUUAGGAUUCCUAGUGUUCUCUCAGUUCUGCUAAUCAACGCACCUUAGGAUUCCUAGUGUUCUCUCAGUUCUGUUAAUCAACACGCCUUAGGAUUCCUAGUGUUCUCUCAGUUCUGCUAAUCAACGCACCUUAGGAUUCCUAGCGUUCUCUGUUUCAUUAUUGACCAAUAUAUUUUACUAUUCUAU